AAAAAGUUUUCUAAAAACUUCACAUAUUUGCAGUAAUUUUCGUUUUAAACUUUGCGAUCGCCUUUAGCUUUAUCGCUAAUUAAUUUUAUUAAUUUGUUUAAAAGUAUUAUUUCUUCAAUAUGACGGCAGAUAAUAUAAAUCACCUUUCAUUUAUGCCGCUGGAGAACAUGAUAUGUAAUUCUUUGGAAAAUUACUUGUAUAAGAACGCAACUUUUCUCGCGGAAAGAUUAUAUGCACAGGAUACAACUAAUGAGAAUUCGCGCUUUUUACUGGCAACUUGUUAUUAUCGAAGCGGUCAACGAAAAGCUGCAUAUAACCUUCUGAAUAGUGCCCAUUCGAUUAAAUGCAAAUAUUUGUUUGCAAAAUGUUGUCUGGAUUUGGAUAAAGCUGAGGAAGGCAAGGAAAAACUACUGACAAUUAUAAGCAAUUUAGAAACAAGAAAUCCUUUGGAUUCAUUCAAUUCUACAACAAAACUUAAUCAAACACCAGAUUUAGCUUCUGUAUUAUGUUUAUUGGGAACUUUGUGUAAAAAUGCGCGUCGUCCUGACGAAGCUGCCCAAUAUUACGUUCAAUGCAUAAAGACAAACCCAUUUAUGUGGGAAGCAUUUGAAAAUUUAUGUCAAAUGGGUAAAUCAACUCAAUUAGACAUUGAUGAAAUAUUCCAGCCAAAGACUGAAAAAUUCACAAAUAACAGAAGUCCAUGUUCUGAUAAAUUAUACAACUCACAAGUGUUUAUGUCAAAACCGACACAUAAUGGCGAUAAGAUUACUCCUGACCCUACUCGACGAACUCGACCUUCUUCUAUGAUAAGGGAAAAGAAACGAUCUCGUAUUGGGAAUGAAGACGUAAGUUUAAUGGGUCUUGAUGAUGAAAAUAAAUGUUAUCGGCUAGGGAAAGAUGUAAGAUCACUUGUAAAUGUAGAAAAUGAAGUGACAGAAGCUUUGCAAAAAACUACGCUAGAUCCUGAUAAUAAUUAUGAAAAAAUGGAAGAUACUGAUUGGAAGUCAAAUCGUCAUGAAGUUUUGGAAUUGUUACAGAAGAUAGCUAAAGGUUAUGCGUACCUAAACCAAUAUGAAUGUGCGAAAGCUAUAGAUGCUCUUACAAACCUUCCCAAGUCACAAUAUUAUACGGGUUGGGUUCAAAGUCAUAUAGGGAAAGCAUAUUUUGAAAUGGUUGAUUAUCCUAUGGCCGAGCGAUUUUUUCAAAAGGCACGUCAAUUAGAACCGUAUCGUUUAGAAGAUAUGGAAAUAUUUUCUACUACAUUAUGGCAUUUACGUAAGGAUACAGUAUUAAGUACACUUGCACAUGAAUUAGUCGAAUUUGAACGACUUUCACCGCAAGCAUGGUGUGCUGUUGGUAAUUGUUUCAGUAGACAGCAAGAACAUGAUCUAGCUUUGAAAUGUUUCCAAAGAGCUAUACAAUUAGAUCCAAAAUUUACGUAUGCACAUACCUUAUCUGGUCAUGAGAGUAUGGCUAAUGGGAAUUUUGAAAAGGCUCAAGAGCACUUUAGAAACGCCUUGAAUACAAAUAAACGUCAUUAUAACGCUCUAUAUGGACUUGCAAAUUAUUAUAUGACUUGUGAUAAAAAAGAUCAAGCAGAAAUUCAUUAUAAGUUAGCGAUGGAAAUUAAUCCAAAUCAUGCCGUUCUAAUGUGUUGUUUAGGAAAGGUAUAUGAAAAAAUGGGCAGGAAUGAUGAUGCGCAUCAACUUUAUGUUCGUGCUUGUCUAGUCACACCACAGACACCUUUAGCUAUAUUCAAAAAAGCGAAAUCAUUGUAUAAAGAUCGUUAUUACGAGAGUGCACUUAUUGAACUUAGAAGACUUAAGGAGAUUGUGCCAGAAGAACCUAAAAUAUAUUUUCUGAUGGGAAAAAUAUACAAAGCAAUGGGCGAUAAAGUGAAAGCUUUACAAAAUUUUACAACAACAUUUAAUUUAGAUCCAAAAAUGAUGCAUGUAGUAAAAACUGCCAUAGAAAGAUUGGAUAAUGAUAAUGAAAUAUCAAUGACGACGUCAGCCAUGUCAGAUACCAAUUUAGAAGGAGAAUCUUCAUCAUCAGCUGCAGCUGCAGCUUUUGUUGGAGACGAUGAAGAACAUAAUCAACAUCAUCAACAAGACCAAGUUGUACAUGGUGAAGAAGAUCAAUCGUCCGCUUACACUUACGAUGCCUUUGUUGAUGAAUAAAAUCAAAAAAGAACGAUAACAACACAGUAACAUUUAUUUUAUAAUAUUAUUAAGAAAAUGUUUUUAUAUUUGUAUUAUAAAUAAUUUGAGAAAUCAAAAAAAAAAAAAAAAAAAAA